AUGACUAACCACUUUUACGGGUCUUCACUCUUUCAGGCCCGUAAGACUGACCACCACCAACACCGACACUCGCACUUGCACGGGCGCAGUGUCAACCACCUUCGCUCGCAUGCCCACUUCCACAGGCGCCAGGAGGAGAACGAAACCGCAGACCUGGAUCCCAGCGACCCCACCAUCACCGAGGUUGUGCAGACCAUCUCGGUCGUCCAGGUCAUCGAUGGCUCAGGCGCAAUCAUUGAGACGCAGACCUUUGCGUCCAACCCGCAGACCAACUUGCUAGAUGCCGAGACGGGGUCCACCAUCGACACCGGGUUCAAGGCUGUGUCAGUCACCUCCGACUCCGCCGGUGCUGCGACAACCUCGCCCACCGCGACCGAGACUCCCAUCUCGUCUGUGGACCCCGUCUCAGCUACUUCCGAGACCACACCACCAUCUGCGAGCCCCUCUGAUACUACUCCCUCCAACUUUGUCUUUUCCUCCGACUUUGUCAUCUUCUUCAGCCUUCCCUUCUCUGAGUUCCACUUUCAACUCCACCAUCUUGACUACCGCUUCAUCCUCGACAGGAAGCUCUACGGCAUCCCAGUCGCUUUCUUCGCUGGUCACGACCCUGUCGUCUUCAUUCUCAGCGGACUCCACAAGUGGAAGUGGCACAACUUCGAGCCCGCUUUCAAGCUUCACUUCCAGCUCAAAUAG